AUGGUUUCGAGUCACCACCAGCUCACCGCCAACAACGCCGACUCCCUCCACUGCCCCCGUCGACUAUAUCAAGGUGGUGUGGUGUUUAAAUCUGGUCUGCCCAUUGAGAAGCAUGGAGCGAAGAUUUAUACGCGCACUAUGUUUGAGAAGUUCCAAGAUUUCUUGUACACGGCCAUGUCCUAUGAUGUUGAUGAAAUAGUUACCGGAGAGAAAUUCGUGGCCAGACAUGUCGAUAGCGACACAAGAGAGAAAUGGUGCAAGGUGAAUUUUGAAGUGACUAUGUCAGAUGGGUACUACUCGUGUGAAUGUUUCAUGUAUGAGCACAUGGGCAUGCUAUGCUCUCACGUGCUUAAGGUUCUUGUUCAUUUAAGAAUGAAGGAGAUCCCGCCUAAGCACAUAUUGAAGAGGUGGACCGUGGAUGCUAGAGAUAUAUUGCCUGAGCACCUAAAACACUAUCAAAAGAACAAUGGCUUGGUGAAAUCAUUUAGUUAUAGGCAUUCUCAGCUUUACCUUAAUGCAAUGGAGAUGGUUUGUCUUGGGGACACAAAUGUGGAGACUUACCAGGCUGCGAUAGAGAUGUUGAAGGAAGGAAUGCCGAGGCUAAUAGCGCUGGCAGCGGUGGGAGAUGGUUUGGGUCUUGAAGAGCGGAUGAACGCAAAAAAAGCACGCACUGCUGUUGUAGGACCGGCAUUACAGAAUGCUGAGAGUACUGAAACAGGGAAGGUCAUGCCGAGCGACCACGGCAAGAGGCGUCGUCCCGGCCAGGUCCUGUCGGCGGGGAAGAGGUUAAUGCGCCGCAGCAGGCUCGCGGAUGAGGAUACUGAAACCUGGGAGGCCGAGUUCCAGGAGUUCAUGGCCGCCGACGAGGAGGAGGGCAUUGAGCCGUUCUUGACAGAUACUAGUUGA